UAUGGUAAUGCUCUUUUGUUGCAGAGAUGGUUUGAAAAGUCGUAUAUUAUAUUAUUAUUCAAUGUAUCGAAUCUAAUGGAAUGAACUUGUUUCCUUAAUAUUCUGAUAUUUUAGUAAACGAUUAAAGGUCAACUGUUGUCAAGGAAGAAACCUCGUCCAAUGCAAAUUUAAACAAUAGGAAACAAGUUGUCUCUCACUUAAAUCAAAUUCUCUGUCGGGAGAAUUAAAUUAACAAUUCUUCUAAAGGAGAAGAAACAAGAAGUCUUGCUUUCAUUUACCACAUGCAUAACUCACAUGAAUGUCUCAGACAGUCUGGAGAAAUUUGUUUUUUGCAUUUCUGGUAUAGAAGCGAUGAUGAGGUUGGUUUCUCUCCAUUCUGUGUGCUCAAACUAAUGAGAUUUCAAUUGUUGUUAUAUUUGUAGCGGUUUUGAAGUAUUAAUAGUGGAUUCAUAUAAUUUUCUUAGUAUAAUAUCAUUCGUACUUAUACUAUUUAACUCUUGCACAUCACUAAAAAACUUGGAAAGAUAAAGUCCGAUAAUGGCAGCUGUUAUCUAAUUUAGAGACAUUAAUUAAAUUACUCCGUUCUUUAUUAGUCACAGAUUGUUUCAACUUUGACCUUAGAACAAAAACGUAAGAACAGGAACACUAUCUUCCCAAACCAACUCCGACAUAAAAGGCUGGCCAAUCUUCAAUACGUCAUUAGCUUCACAGAAAUCUUUGCAUCCUUUUCCCAAUCCUCUUUUUCCAUAUUUUGAUCCAUCCUUCACCAGCUUCGUUACGCACUUCACGCCAUGUUUAUCCAUCAGGAUUAUCUCAUUCUGCUUCUUGAUACCGUUGAUAUUCAUGGAUGUUGCUGGAAUAAUCUGCACAAGAUUUAGAAACCAACCAAAGAAUAAAGACAAAAAAACAGAGGAAAACAGAGUAAAACAGAGAAAACAGAGAAAAACAGAGAAAAACAGAGAAAACAGAGUAAAACAUAAACAAAGAUCUUGCUUACAUACAAGUUUGGAGGUUCUGAAAUUGUAACGUGUGAGAGAGAUUAUGGAAAAAAAAAUACAAUUUUUACGAAGAAGAGAGAAAAAAAAACAAUUUGCGUCUUAUGCAUCUUUACAUAAUCUUCUGUCCUUGAUUACACAAUUAAUAUUUCAAGCGUUUGUAGUCGUCGUAAUUUAGAAAUAAAAAACCGUAACAAAAAGGGGCCUGGGCUUCAUUAUGAUUUGAUUGGCAGGAAAAAUCUGACAAAACCUAGGGUGUCUUCUUUCUUUCCUUUCUCCUGUUGUCAGAUCAGAUAGCCGUCUAGAUAACUGUAACUGUAAGCUGAAGUGAUUCUCAGAAUCCCAGUAUAGAAUGGAUUCCAUGAGGGCUGAUCUGAUUCGUGGUUUGGAAACUAGUCUCCCUACAACAUUCGACAGGGAACAUUUUUUUGCAUUACUUGUUAGUGGGGACGUCGAUGGAGCCGAGGAGUAUCUGUCUGUUUUCACCACACAGGAUUCAAAUUAUUACUCAAACCUCAUGUUCUACUUUGUUAAGAGGCAGAGAUUCUUCAAGUUUCUUGUCGAAGGUGACAACAGAAAAGCAGGAUUUUUGCUGAUGAUCUCUUCCCGACCUUAUGGGAUGAUGGACAUGCCAAUACCAGAAACGCACGAGUUUAUCAGACGUGAUAGGCGACGCAUUGCACAUGAAGGCCUUAAGGAAUAGGAGGAUGCUAGAGAUAACGGAUACACUUUUGAUAUCCUUUCGGUUGCAAAUUCUUUCACUAGUGAGAUGUUUACGAUGAUGAAUCAACUCAUUCCCAUGAACCCAGACCUGCACAAGAAAGAAGAAGGAGAAGACAUAUCUUCUCAAAAGCACAAGAUACAUUUACAAGACAACAAGACAACCAUGCUUGGUGUGGCCGGACCAGCAGCUGUAGCCUUUAACGGUGGAGAGAUUAAUAAGGACUAAGGAGACCAUAUAUAUAUAUGGUUUGUUUACUGUAUGUGCUAUGUACUGUGAAAUUAAAUUUGCGUAUUUGCUUAUUGUUGUUACAUAUGGCAUAAAGAACUCUUUGAUCAAAUAAUUAAGGUUCU